AUGGGCCAGCUCGAGAUUCCCACCAUUGACUUUUCUGGCUUCUACAGCGACGAUGCCGCCAAGAAGCAGGCCGUAGUCGACCAGGUUAAGCAGAGCUGCCUGUAUAACGGCUUCUUCCAGAUCAUCAACCACGGCGUGCCGCUGCAGCAGCAGAAGGAGGUCAUGAAGUCGGCCAAGGACUUCUUCAACCUGACGCAGGAGCAAAAGGACAAGGUGUCCAAGGACAAGACGACGUGGAACCGCGGGUACGAGAUGCUUCGAUCCCAGAUCCUCGAGGAAGGCACCCAGCCUGAGCUCAAGGAGGGCUUCUACAUCGGCGAUGAGCUAUCAACCACCCACCCCUACUUCGUCAACAAGAAGCUCAACAGCGGGCCUAACCAGUGGCCCGAGGAGCUCGGCGGCGACGCCGGCGAGUUCAACCGCAACACCAUGAUCUACUACAAGUCCGCCGUGGGGCUCGCCUCCGACCUCAUGAGCGUGCUCGCCCUGUCGCUCGACCUGCCCGAGGACUACUUCGCCAAGUUCCUCGACGGCGUCGUCGCCACCAUGCGCCUCCUGCACUACCCAACCCAACCUAAGGAUGCCGACGAGAAGCUCACGCGCGGCAUCGGCGCCCACACCGACUUUGGCGCCAUCACCAUGCUCCUCCAGGACAGGGUGGACGGUCUGCAGGUCUGGGAUCAGAAGAACAAUGUCUGGAUCGAUGUCCCACCCAAGGAGGGCGCUCUCGUCGUCAACCUGGGAAACCUCAUGUCCCGCUGGACAAACGAAAAGUACAAGAGCAAUGUCCACCGCGUCAUCAACAAGUCCGGGAAGGAGCGCUACUCUAUCCCCGUUUUCGUCUCGGGCAAUCCCGACUUCGUCGUCGACUGCAUCCCCACGUGCAAGUCGGCGGAUGCCCCGGCCAAAUUCCCCCCCGCUACGGUGGAGGAGGUAGUCUCGGCCUCGUACGCCGAGUCCUACGGACGUGCGCAGAUGUUCAAGCAGGGCCUUGAGAAGAAGGCUGCCGCGGUGCCGGUCCCGGCUGCUGCACCUGUUGCCGUUGCGUAG